AUGCAAAAUCAUUUCGAAAUAACAGAAAAUAGUAGAAACUCAACCAGUUUGUCGGUCUCGCCUGUGCCAACUGUUUCUUCCAACGUGUCUAAUGAUGGUUCCUCUAACGAAUACAAUGAUUCAUCUACUUCUUCCCAAACAACGGAUGAUCAUAACGUUGAUAGUACCACUAAUGAAGGGUUUAUUAAUUCUGGCACAUUUGAUUACUUCAUUGAAACAAAUAAUCAAUCGGCAUCCUCUGCCGAAGAAAAUGCUGAUUCAGAAAACUUUAACAAUAAUAUGGAUACAAGCCUCUUUGACAAAAGCAAGACAACGUGUGAUAAUUUAGAAUCUAAGAAUUCGGAUGAAUCGUCUGGUCUUUUUAUCAAGAAAAGUUCUGCUUCAAAAAACCUUAGUUUUGAUAAAGAUGAGACAAAUUUUGAUCAUGAAAAAAAUACAAAUUCGUUCACAUCAAAAAUUCCUGAUGCAGAAAGUUUGGUAGCUGUGACCAAUCCCAUUAAAUCAUCCACCAAUACCAGAACAUCAGAUGGUCAUAAAAAGAACAAGGAAAAAAUUUUGGAGAUAUUUACAAAACGUGAAAAUUUAUAUGCUAGUUUGAAUAAGGAUAUUAAAAAGGAACAAGAUCUUUUAGAUUAUAUUCCAGGAUUGUAUCUACUGUUGAGUCUAGAAAAAGAUGAAGGAUCAAAUGGUCUUGUUAACAAAACAAUCAUAUCAAAGGAAUCGUUAGAAAAGCUUUGUAAUGAAUUGGUUCCCAAAAGCUUUAAAUCUGUUUCAAAUAUUAAUUAUUCGAAAUUGAAUAGAGUCUCAUUCAAUCUUGUUGGCUGCUAUGGGAACUAUGAAUUGAUUGCAAAGCUGUUAUUAACCAAAGAAAUUAUUAACCAAAAAGUAUAUGAUCUGCUUGUAUCUUCAAAUAAAUCUGAGAAUCCUUCUCUUUGUUCAGGAAUAUAUUUGUUGAUUGUGAAUGUUAAUUUUGGUUUAGUAAUUCAUUGGCCUGAGCAUGGUUGUUAUGAAGAUAAUGCAUCUGAAGAACUUAAAAAAAAUAUGAUUAAUUUCCACAGGUAUCUCACAAAACUGACUGAUUAUCAGAUAUGUUUAAUGAGCAACAGCGAUUUAACCUGUUUUGAAUGGAAAACUAGAAAAGAUGGUAAUAGUUUCUAUGAUAAUGAUAUAGACAAUGAAAAGGAUGAGACAUGUUAUGAAUUUGAAGUCAAAGAAAGUCAAGAAGAAAAAGAGGAUUUCCAGUUGCAUGAGGGCUUUAAGGUCCAACUACCAAAUUACAUUCAACCAGACCUUAAGAUCAUUCAUCAUAAUGGAACCUCUAUGCAACCUACUGUUGUUGAAUCUGUGUCACAUCAAGCAUUUAUCACUCAAAAUAUUAUCAAAUCAUCCUCAGUAAUGAAAAGAUAUUCAGCAAUUUUUUCAAAAAGUCACCAUCCAUUUAAAGAAUAUAUUAAAGGAUAUUCCCUCAAGAUUGAAAAAAAUUCCAUGGACAUGUCAUUAUUAAAAAAGUUUAUUGAAUUUUGCCUAGAUGAUGAGAAGGAGCUAUUAACAUCUUAUGAAGAUUCUGUAAAAGCUGAAAAAGAAAGAAUAAGCAGGAAAAAAGAAAAUAUAAAGGAGGAAAUUGGAAGAGAUGCAGAAAUUAUCACAAACAUGGCAUGGAUGAAAUUAAAAGAAACUUACAGCAAAUUUGAAGAAACUAUUAAAGAUGAUAAUACAGUACCCAAAUUUGAAGAAUCAAAAAUCAAAGAAAUCCAUGAGAAAUAUCCUGAUAUAAAUAAAAAAAUAGAGGAAUCUAUUCUAAUAAAAUCAAACCCCUGGAAAUCUUUGAAAGAGAAAUUUCAAUUUUGUUCACUUAUGACUAUUGAAAUGUUUGAUAACACUAAUUCAAAAGACAACCCUGACUCAAAUAAAGUGGAAAGCUGUUUUUCUGAAUUUUUUUACAAUACAUUUGCUGAUAAAGAAGAAACAGAUCUUACUAAAUUAGUAAAUAAACAUGCAGAAAAAUCCUUAGCAUCUAUUACUACUGGACCAAAUUCUGAAUCUCAUGACAUUGAACCUCAUUUUAUUGAGCGUAGUAUUCAAGAAGCUAAACAAAUAGCAAAUAAUUUACCCGACUCUAAAUUUGUUAAUGAACUUUAUGAUUUUAAAUCAACUAGUAUUUCUAAUUUUAAAAUAUUUAAUAUUUCACAAGAAAAGAAUAAUCUAAUCAUUGAUUCUUUUCUUAAAAACUUUAAAAAAUGGAGGGAAACCUUUUCUGAAAAUGUCAAAAAUAUAGUACCAAAAUAUACAAAUGUUAAAACAUAUUAUGAAGAAGAAUUAAGCAAGGAAUUAUCACAAAAAAUUAAAGUAAUAGAAAAACAAGAAUUCACAAGGGUUUGCCUAUUACUUGAAGAAAAAUUCCCAGAUGGACCAACUUUUAAAAUUAUAGAAGCUGAAGGAAAAAUAUUUUGUAAGAAUUUAAAACUUACUUAUGAAAUUGAUUCAAUACAACCUGAUCACCUAAAUAUCACAUUAUAUGAAACACGCUUAGAAGAGUCUGAAAACUCAAAUAUUCAAGAAAAUGAGUUAUAUGUUCCAAAACUUCAUCUUGACAGCAAUAAGCAUACUUCCUUCAAAAUAGAUCCAGAAAGAUAUGAACUCAGAAAAAUAUCUCAAUUUGAAAAUGGAAAGUUCCUAAUAAUACUUCAGAAUAAAAAAUCAAAUCAAAUAGAAAUUUUUUUUGAAAAUUCUAAUCGCUUAAAAUCAGCUUUUCAAUUAUCAAAUUUAAAACCACUAAAAACAUUAAAUCCUGAUGGUGAUUGUCUUUUUGCUAUAAAUGAGCCUAAAGGCUUAAUUGGAAUUUAUGUUGCUGAAAAAGGAGUGCUAAAUGUUUAUGCAUUUGAUGAAAAUCAAAUCAAUCUUUAUGGUCGUAACCCCAAUAUUCAAAUUCUACAAUAUUAUAAUAAUUCAGCACCAGAUAUUAAACAUUUUUUCUUUAUAAAAACUACUGAAGAAUUAUGUUUUGUGGAAACUAAUGAUAAAGCAAAAAUUUAUAAUCUUGUGACUGGUCGAUUUCGUCAUGAAACACUGAAAUUUCCUCCAUAUUCUAUAAACAUAUCAAGUACACCUGAUGGUUCUUGUAUUGUAGUGUUUGUAAAAGAAAAAUCAAUCAAAAGUUUACAAGCAGUAUCAAAUGAAGAUGAUAUAUUUAAAGCCCAUGUUUAUUUUUGUUCAAAUUUAGGAAGUACUGCUAAUAAAAGUAAGAAAAUUGUUGAGCUACCUUCAAAUAUGAAUUCACCACAAUUCUUUCAAUUUUCAUUUAUAAAUAAUCAUCAAUUGCAUCUUUCAACAAUUAAUGUAGAAAAAAAUUUAUUUCAUUCAUUAAUUACAAAGAUUACACUUGAAAAAACAAAUUACAGAUUUCAAGAAUGUAAUCAAAGAAAAUCAAUUGGACAAAUUAAAUUGCAAGGAAUUAUCACUGAUUCUGACAAUAAUAGGUAUUCAAAUUUAAAAGGAAAAAACACUAAUUUUAAACACAAAGUACAGAAAGGAGAAUACAUUGUUAUUAAGAAAGAAAAAUUAAGUGUUGUUGAUGUAAUUUCAAACACUGAAUUGAAGGUUGCAGGCAUAUAUCAGACCUUAUCACUUGAUGAUGAUACAUGGAUUGACUUUCAAAUUGAACCUAAGAUAAAACUUAAUGAUUUUAUAGAUGCAUAUAAAUUAAUGUUUGAAAAGUAUCCAAUUGAAACUUGCAUUGAUCCUGAACCAAACCAACCACUUAAUUUGAAAAUUGUCCUUGAUAUAAAUGAUGAUUGUAAAGAUGAAAAUUAUGAUAGAAAGUUUGAAAAAUAUGUUGUUAGCAUGUUCAAUAAAUUAAAGAAAAAAACAAAAAAACCUGCAUCUAUUUUAAAGAGUUUUAAAACUACUGUUACAAUAUUUUCAGAACUAGACAUUGAAGAAAAUGAUUUUAUAUCAAAACAUUCAAAUAAAUAUCAGCUAGGAAAUUUUGUAAUCCAACUUUCAUGUUUAAUACCCAUCCAGAUUGCAGUUGCUAAAAAUAAUCAAUUUCAACCACUUCGAGAUGGUUUAUCUUCAAAUGAGCAUGAUAUAGAUUUUGAUGUUGAACAUGGAUGUCGCUUUGACAGUAUUGCAGAAAGUAUUUCUCUUGGAUGGUAUGAAGGUAUUUUUAAACAUUUUGGUAAUAGACAAGUUAAAGUUGUUUCAAGUAUGGGUGAGCAAUCAUGUGGAAAAUCAUAUAUGUUGAAUCACCUUCUUGGAACAACAUUUGAUGGUUCUGCAAUGAGAUGCACUGAAGGAGUGUGGAUGUCUUUAGUUAUAACAAAAGAAAUUAUUUAUGUUGCACUUGAUUUUGAAGGAUUAAAGUCUUUGGAAAGAACACCACAAGAAGACUUAUUUUUAACUUUAUUUAACACAAUGGUUUCAAACAUGGUACUUUUUAAAACCCAAUUUACUGUUAGUAGAGACAUGUCAGAAAUGUUCCAAAGAUUUCAAGAUGGAGCAACUUUUUUUAAAUCUGACCCAAAUGUUUUUCAAGCAACCCUUUGCAUCAUAAUUAAAGAUGUUCAUGAAAAUGAUCGAAAAGGAAUUGUUAAAGAGUUUCGUUUGAAAUUUGAUGACUUGGUUAGAGAUCAAGGAGAAGAUAAUUUUAUUACCAGAAUGUAUAAAAGUGGAUUAAAUAUUUUACCAUGGCCAUUAUUUAAUGAUCUUGCUUGGUUCAAAACUUUGAAAACUGUCAAAACAAAGUUGGAUAAUCAGAAAACAAAAUAUAAAAAUGGACAAACUUUUUUACAAAACACUAAAGUCAUUAUGGCCAAAUUAAAAAUUUGUGAUUGGGGAUCUUUGGAUGAAAACCUUGUUCAAAUGCGUUUAUCAAUUUUAAAAAGAAUACUUCCAGUAGUUAUAUCUUAUGGCUUGGAGCAAAAGGAACAAGAAAUUAGACCUUUAUUAAAUCAUGAUACAGGAGAAGAAAUAGAUGAUCAACCUCAUUUAUCUAAAUUUGCAGAAACAUUCAAUACACAGAAUCAAAUAUUUCCAGAUUCAGAUGUUUUACUCUUUGAAGAAAAUGUUGAUUUUAUUAAUUUUUCAUCCGAUUUAAGAACUCACUUUGAAGAAAAUAUUCAAAAAAGAAAAUGCUCUGAAAAUGAUUCAGAAUGGUUUAAAAAGUUACAAUUAUUUUUCAGAUUUCUUGUUGAACGAAGAAUAUAUCGUGUUGAGGAAUGGUUUUCUGAAAAUAUUAGCAAGUUUCCACAAGACAAUAGUGAAGUUGUUAUUGGAAAAUAUGCUCUUGAAAAAGAGAUUGACAAGCUUAUGCAUUUUUGGACAUUAUGUAGUCUUUCUUGUCAAGAUUGUGGAUUACACUGUCUUAAAAAUCAUGAUCAUACUGACAAACAUGACUGCAAGACUAAUCAUGAAUGUCACUUUUCUUGUCAAUUUGUAGAAGCACAUAGUUCUGUUAUUCCAAUGUGUAGUUAUAAAGCAGGACAUGAUGGAAAACAUGCAUGUAAUAAAGCCAGCCAUUUAUGUGGAAAACCUUGUAACCUUAGUGAUAAACGUAAUUGUCAAAAAGUAUGUUCAAAAGAUAUUGGACAUAAAGAUGAUGAACACAUGUGUCAAUCAAAGCGUCAUUAUUGUGGAGAGCCAUGCUCACUCUUUACAUCAACUAAAAAAGGUAAUUAUGAAUGUCCAAACAAAUGCAUUAUGCCAUGUGAGCUUGAGCAUGAUCAACAUCGUUGUGAAAAUGAGACAUGUCCAAUUGAAUGCCCAAUUUCAGAUUGUCAGAAAAGAUGCCAAAGUAAUAAUCAUUUUCAUGCUUACAGUAGUGAAUCUACAGUUAAUCAUUUUUGUGGUAAUGAACAUCAAUGUCUUGAAAAAUGUCAAGAACCAGGCAUUUGUAAAAUUUUAACUGAACCAAAAAAAGAAGAAGCAACUUACAAUGGAUUGAUUAAAGAAACUUCAAUUAGCUUUUUUAAAUAUAUUCAACAAAGUGAAAGGAUGAGGUGUAAUAAAAGAAUACCACCAAAUUCCUUCAAGCAUGAAGGAACACAUUCACAUGAUGGGUCUCAUUUUUGUGAUGAAAAAUGUCAAUUUUGUGAAUAUUAUUGCAACUUGCCUCAUGGACAUACACAAACUUUACAUGAGACUACCCAUGGGAAUAUGGUAUUAACAGAAUUUACUGCUGAGAAUGAUAAUGUAUUUGAAUAUAAGGGACAUAAAUUACAAAUUGGAGAUCAAGGUUCUUUUGUUCUUUGUAAUUUUUAUUGUAAAGAAUUAGGUCGCCAUAGACAUAUUGAUUAUUGUCAAAAUGUGGAGGCAUGCAAAAAUGGACACCAAGGGCAAGAAAUAAUGCAUAUAGAUGCACCCAUCAAACCCAAUCCUGAUGAUAAAAAAGAUUAUGUAACUCAUAAAAUAUUUUGGGAAAGAACAGGCUUUAAAGAUCCAUAUUCAGCACAAGAACAAGCAGAAUUUGCAAAAUGUGAUCAUGAAUGUCCAGAUGAAGCUCACAAUAAGCAACAAAGCUCUAAUAGUGCAACUCCCACAAAAUCUUAUUGUGAAUUGGAAAUUUUCCAUAAACCUUUAGAUCAAUCAUCUAGGACAUCAACUGGUGGUGGUUACAUUUCACUGGAUGGUCAUCAGUUCAGCUGUGAUAAUCCAAAUAAAAAUGAAGCAGCAUUUCAUAUUAUUUUUGCACUUGAUCGAUCAUCUUCAAUGAGUUAUACUGAUAGAAAACCUUUAGAAAACAUUCGUUCAGACAUCCGUGAAAAAAUUGCACAAAGACAUGAUAAUAGGCUAGGCGCAGUAUACUCGGCAGUUUAUUCAUUUAUGGAAACACGCCUUGCAACUCAAAGGAAUCUAACUCGGGGUGUCAUUAAUAAAGACACUAUUUCUUUAAUCUUGUUCAACAGUAGUACUAUUGUACCAAUUGAAAAUCAACCAUUAAGCGAUCUAAACAAAUUUUUAGAUAUUAUGAUUGAGCAUAGUGCAAGUGAUGGAACUAACUUUGAUUUAGCAAUACAGAAAGCAGGGUUCCUGAUUGAUAAAUAUUAUGAUCCAACAAAGACAAAUAUUAUUAUAUUUUUGUCGGAUGGUGAAGGUGGAUCACCAGAUGCUCGAUUAGAAAAUAUUUGUAGAGUCAAUCAACAAAGAGGGUCGUUGUUAUAUCUUUAUACAAUUUUAUUUGGCAGUGAUUCUAAUAGCCAAUUUGCAAGGAUUUUUGACAGUGGUCCAUCAUUAUUAGCAAGGAUGGUUAAUAUUGCACAAAAGUAUCUUCCAGUUACUUCCUCACCCCAAUCUUUAAAAUGUCAAUUCACUAAAACUAUUGAUGAAAUAGCUUUAGCUAUUCAUUUUACUAAUGUUGCAGAAAGUUUAAGAAAACACAAACCUUCUUUAAUGAAAAAAUAUUUUUAA